GGCAACAUUAAAUUAAUGUCAAUGUCAAAAGAGUCAAAAACAAGGAGUAGGAAAUUAUAAUUGGAUUUUAGUACUUUCAUAACAAAUGAUAAAAUAAAAAAAGAAUCCCUUGAAACAUUUGAUUAUUAGCUGCAGUUUAUUUAAAUCGGAUAUGGAGCUACCGUUUGAGGUGUUAGUUUAUCUAUUCAAGUACUUACCUAAAUCUGAUAGAAAAGCAGCCAGUGAGACAUGUCGCUCUUGGUACUUAGCUGCCAAUGAUCAGUGCUUUUUGAAGAAGAAAGUUGCUAUAUUUUACAAAACAAUCUUCAAUGAAGAGUCAGCUUCACCACUUCAAAUAUUUGAGGACUCACCUAUCACAUAUUACAACUAUUUAUUCAAUGAAGUGGAAAUAUCAAGUAAACAAAAUGAAUUCUGGAACAAACUGGGUGAACACAUACAAUGUUUGACACUGAGGAACUGUGAUAUUUGUGAAAAAGUAUUUGUUCACAUACUACAAAAGUGUACAAAUCUAGAAACAUUGAAUGUACAGAAUUGCAAAGAACUCUUCAUGUCUGGACGCCUGUUGGAAGGCAAGAGUGAAGGAUUUCUAACUGAAAAUCUAGAAAACUUAAAAACUUUGAGUCUGUCUGGAAACCAGUACCUGACAGAUGCUCUGUUCAAUAGAUUUUCAUCAGCUGCACCUGCAUUAGAAGAGCUAAACUUGUCUGCAUGCUCAUUGCAGUUCCAUGCAGGUUUAGUUAAAAAGUUCUAUCCUCCAGGUACUGAUAUAUUUCAAAACCCUUCAGAAAGUGUAUUGACAUUUUAUUUUAUACUGCAGCUAAUUAUAAGUAGAGCCAAAAAUAUUAAGCGUUUGCAUUUCUCUUGUACUCUGAUUGAUGGAGCCGCACUCAAGGCUCUAUCAGAAAUAAAAGAUCUAGAGCUACAGUCAUUGCAAGUACAUUCCUGUGAUCAGCUGACUAACACAGGUAUACUAUCUCUGACAAGUUAUCAAACAUCUCUGAGAGAGCUUGACAUAGGCUUGUGCACGCGAGUAACUGACCAAUCACUUGUACAUAUAUGUAAAAAUCUAGUCAACCUGGAAUCCCUCAAUAUACAAAGAUGUCGAGCUGUGACUGAUUUGGGAAUAGCCGAACUGCACAAGUUAAAGAAAUUAAAGUCUUUAAACAUCUCACAGUGUGAACUGCUAACUAAAGAUGGUCUCGAAAAAGGUAUUUGUGCUGGAGAAAACCAAAGUCUCGAAGAACUGGAUAUAAACUCAUUGAACAUAGAUCAGACUGGUGUCAUCAUGAUCUCUGAAAGGCUUCCUAACUUACGUAUGUUGAACUUGAGCUACUGCUUCAAUGCUGUAACAGAUACAUCAGUACAAGUCAUAUUUAAGAAUCAAUUGCUCCUUCAAAUUUUAAAACUGAGCCAUUGUGACAAGGUGUCUGAUGCUGGAUUAACUGGUAUGGGGAAAGUCGAAAUAAAAGAGGGUGAAGACGGUCCAAUAAUGUCGAAUAUGGAUGAUUCACACAUGUCUCCGAAGAUUCACUUGGGAUCAAGAGCAGAAGAAGAAAUAGUGAGAGAUGCUAAACGAAAGAGAGAUGUCAUGCUCAUGUGUGAAAAACUGUCAAUGGAUUCAUACACAGGCUACUCACUAGCUCGCCUGAGGAGCCUUAAAGAGUUGGAUAUAAGUGGAUGCAAUAGGAUAACAGAUGUGAGCUUGACCUAUGCUUUUAACUUCAAAGAACUGAUAAAUCUAAACUUAAGCAGAUGCCAGCAAAUUACUUAUGAAGGAAUUGAACAUUUAGUCAAAAACUGUCCCAGUAUUGAAUAUAUUAACCUGAUAGAUUGUUAUAAUUUGAAUGAUGAGGCUGUGCAAGAAAUAGUCAAAAACUUGCAUAGAUUGAAGCACUUGGAGCUAAGGGGUUGCAAUCAGUUAAGUGACAAGACCUUGGAAGCUGUGAAAACAUACUGCAGUAAACUUCAAUUCCUGGAUGUGCAGGGAUGUCGCCACAUGUCACCCGAACUGGCGUGUUCUAUCGGCUCUUUGCCUUCUCUGCAUACAGUAUUGAUGUCUAAACCAGGACCUUACAUAGAAGAUGGGAAAAAGAAUAGAGCUCCCGCCCCAGCAUUUUUGCCUGCUUUGAUGAGAAAACUACGCUUACAUUAAAAUUUUAAAGGCUCUGUAGUGGAAUAAUUGUCAGUCAUAUUAUUGGGCUGUAACGAGCUACCUCUGCUAGUAUGAAGCCAUGUGAUUGUGCUUGCCAUCUAUAGGUAGUAACGAAAGAUAUACUUCAUGGCAAUAAUAAAGCAUUUUCAGUCAAUUGUGUCAGUUGUAGGAAAAUAGGAAGUAACUAGAUACCGUUACAAAAGCGAUAAUAAUCUACUCUUUCCUGUACGUAGUCAUCUAGUUAAAACGCAAUUACUUGUAGAAUUACUUUUACUAUCUGCGACUGUCUCAAGGCCAAGGUAGAGGCCGACAACAACAGCCGACAUUUAAUUCAUUAUGUACAGAAAUAAACAUGGCUCUGAGCAAACCCUAUAAAGUUGUGUAUGUGAGUGAUAUUAUAUAAUUAUUUUAAAUUGUUUAUUUGGUGUAGCUAACAGUGAUAAAUUGUUAUACAUUAUUAUUUUAUUUGUAUUUUAAAAAUAUAUUAUUUAUUAAAUCAGUGUAUGUUACCUGUUCUAUAGUAUUGGAAUUAAAAUUUGGAUUUCCUGAAACAGGACUAUGUAAUUAUGUCAGCUGUGAUAACAUUUAUAAAUUAAGUACAAAUUAUAAAAAAAUACCUAUGUUGCAAUAAAAGUUUUAAAUAUUAAAUUGUUUUUUUAAUCCUUUAAGCAGACAAAACAUUGACUCUCAAUACACAAAGAGGAAUUUAAAGGCAAACCUUUUUGUUUGUUUUUAUCCUAAAGGAUCCGAAACUGCUGAACCGAUUUUGACAAUUAUUUCACAAAUAGAAAGCUAAUUAUAUCAAGUAGUGAUUUUGGCUACAAUUUACUCAUGCGACGUCGGGAGGGGCAGAAUUUAAAAUAAAAUAAUAAAACAAAAAAUAUAAAUUUCAAUAUUUUAUUACAUUGAAUUUAAAAAUAACUUAUAUUAAACAUAGAUAAUGUAUUCUUACAUACUUGAUUUACCUUAAUCUUACCAAACUUUGUUCAUAAACAUAUUUUAAUGUUAUAAUACAAUGGCUGUAGUUAAAAAUAAUUGCUAAAUCUAUUGUGGUUGUAUAUACCAGUUCUAUAAUAAAAUUAUUUUGUAAAUAUAUGUAGUUCUGCAGUGUACACCCUAAGUAGCAUUUACUUAUUCAUAUGUAAAGCGGUUUAGUUACAGUGACGGAGUAG